AUGGAUUCAACCUUUGAUGUCUCCGAGCAUUGGGAAUUCUACCUCCCCGAGUUUACUCUACCGCUAGACUUCAUACCUUUCGGUGGAAGACAGCUAUUUGACUAUAGCAAACCCAGCCCUCAAGUCGUCCGCAACCCUCAAGGUGCCAGAAAGCGAUUGUUUCCUUCUGUAUUAAACACAGAGGAUAUCCAAAAAGGUCACGCAGCGUACGAGUCCCUCUUUAAUUCAGUGCUUAUAGAUGAACAAAUGAGCAGCUCCUCACUGAUAAAAUUUACAGGCUACCGCUCACAACACGCCUGGGAGUUAAAGGUGUUCGAUGACGAGAUUGUCGCCCGAUGGCGUACCGAAGUGUCACAAAAUACUACACUUGAUAUAAGCGAACAAAUGUUCAACUAUGUGAUUGCUGAGGUGCGCCACAAAGCACUGAUUUUCUCCGAAACAGGUGCCGUUACAGUAUAUCACGGAGAUGUGGUUAGACCGAUACUGCGGUCCCGAAAUCUAUCCAACUUCCUUUAG